AUGGCACCGUCUGUAGCUCAACCAGAUAUCCGUUCUGGGAUUUCUGCCAGCUCCAAACCCGUCGAUGCGAUGACCGCCAUGGCCCAUAGAGGCAAAGCACUUCCUGGGCCCCCCGAGUUCGCUUCAAGUGACAAGAAGCGACAGUGGCAGCUCGAGCACAUGGCGGGCGCGUUCAGAGUCUUUGCACGCGAGGGCUAUGCGGAAGGCAUCUCAGGGCACAUCAGUGUGCGCGAUCCCGAGUUCGAAGAUCGAUUCUGGAUCAACCCGCUGGGAAUUCACUUUGGGAUGCUCAAGGCCAGCGACAUGAUUUGUGUGACUUUGGAGGGAGAUAUUGUGGAUGGGAAUCUGGCCGGGUCUAUCAAUGCUGCUGGCUUUCAGAUCCAUAGUGCGGUGCAUCGCUCUCGGAAAGACGUGCAUGCUAUAUGCCACACACAUUCCAUGUAUGGAAGGGCUUGGUCUGCAUUCGCAAAGCCACUUGAUAUGAUCAACCAGGAUGUUUGCUACUUUUAUAAAGCCCACUCUGUGUAUUCCGAUUAUGGAGGCAUCGCAAAUGAGUCGUCCGAGGGAGAGAAGAUUGCCCAAAGCCUGGGAGAGGGCAAAGCGGCCAUCUUGAUGAACCAUGGACUUCUCACUGUCGGAGCUACAGUUGAUGAGGCAGCGUAUCUUUUCUGUCUCAUGGAGAGAAGUUGCAAGAUUCAGCUGCUGACUGAUCGAAUGGAGUUGCAGAAGAGCAUUGUGAGCGACGAAGAGGCUGCCUACAAUUUCAAGAUGGCGAGUACUCCUGAGACUCUAUUCACCGAAUUUCAGCCUCACUAUCAUUACGAGGAUUACCUGUGCAAGGGAAAUUUCAAGAAUUAG